AAGCCUGAUACUGUGCUCAAUCCAGGGAAAUAAAAAUGAGUCAGUCCUGCCGGGAGCGUGGUCCCUGCCUAGGGGGAGCUCAGCAGGGUGGGAACGAGGACAUACACACAGAUUACGGGGCGUAGUAAGUGAGCGGUAACAAGCAUGCACAGGACAAAAGCAAAUAGAGAGGAAAGCUGGUGCGCUCUGGAGGGAAGGCGGGGAGGGGUGAAAUCACCAGGGAGGACUUCUCUGAAAAACUGAGGUCGAACCAGGGAUUAGAAGGCUGAACAGAGUUUUUCAGAACAGGGACUGCCAAGCAAACAACAUAGUUGGUUCUCGGAAACACAGGGCUCCACCCCCAGUGGAGGGGGGGGGGGUUGAGGAUGGCGAACCGUGGGAUGAGGUGGGAGGAGGGCAGGCCGCGUGAGCAAGAGCUUUGAAUGCCAAGAAGCUUGGGUUUUUUUUCCUGUAGGCAACAGAGAGGUAGAGGCUUUUAAGCUAGAAAGGAAGGGGCCCAGAGUUUGGCACACGGAGGGCUUGCAAGUGUUCCAAGUUGAUCGAGUUAAUUCAGUGGCCAUGAUGUACUUUAUUCACAAACUCCUGCAGAGCGACUCUCCUUGCCCUCUUCAUCCUCCCUUGCAACGUUAAGCAAGACCCUCACAGAGACGGCGCGUUCGUCUUCGGGCAGGAUGGGUGUCUACCGCAUCCGCGUGUCCACCGGCUCCUCCCUGUGCGCGGGCUCCAACAACCAGGUGCAGCUGCAGCUGGUGGGCGAGCACGGGGAGGCGACCAUCGAGAAGCGCCUGAGGCCGGCGCGAGGCCAGGAGACGGAAUUCAAGGCGGACGUGCAGGAGUACCUGGGGCCGCUGCUGUUCGUGAAACUGCAUAAACGGCACUUCUUUCAGGACGACGCCUGGUUCUGCAACUGGAUCUGGGUGCAGGGCCCCGGACCCAGUGGGGACGAGUUCAGGUUCCCAUGCUACCGCUGGGUGGAGGGCAGUGACAUCCUGAGCCUCCCCGAGGGCACCGGCCGGACCCUGGGAGACGACCCUCAAGGUCUGUUCAAGCAACACAGGGAGCAGGAGCUGAAAGAUAGGAGGAGGCUUUACCGCUGGGGUAACUGGAAGGAUGGGCUAAUCCUGAAUAUGGCCGGGGCCACCAUCUGUGACCUCCCCGUAGAUGAGCGAUUUCUGGAAGACAAGAAAAUUGAUUUUGAGGCUUCGCUGGCCAAGGGGCUGGCAGACCUAGCCAUCAAAGACUCUUUAAAUGUUCUGACCUCCUGGAAGGGCCUGAAUGACUUCAACCGGAUUUUCUGGUGUGGCCAGAGCAAACUGGCUGAGAAGGUGCGGGACUCCUGGCAGGAGGAUGCCUUAUUUGGGUACCAGUUUCUCAAUGGCACUAACCCCAUGUUGCUGAGGCGCUCCAAGCAGCUUCCUGCUCGCCUGGUGUUCCCUCCGGGGAUGGAGGAGCUGAAGGUCCAGCUGGAGAAGGAGCUCCAGACAGACACACUGUUCGAGGCGGACUUCUCGCUGCUGAACGGGAUCAAGGCCAACGUCAUCCUGUGCAGCCAGCAGCACCUGGCCGCCCCUCUGGUCCUGCUGAAGCUGCAGCCUGAUGGGAAACUCUUGCCCAUGGUCAUCCAGCUCCAGCUGCCUCAAGUGGGAUCCUCCCCGCCGCCGCUUUUCCUGCCCACGGAUCCCCCGAUGGUCUGGCUCCUGGCCAAAUGCUGGGUCCGCAGCUCUGACUUCCAGAUGCAUGAGCUGCAGUCUCAUCUUCUGCGGGGACACUUGAUAGCGGAGGUCAUCACUGUGGCCACCAUGAGGUGCCUUCCAUCAAUACACCCUGUCUUCAAGCUUAUGAUUCCCCACCUGCGCUACACCUUGGAAAUUAACACCCGGGCCAGGACCGGGCUCAUCUCUGACAUGGGAGUUUUCGACCAGGUGGUGAGCACAGGCGGCGGAGGCCAUGUGGAGCUGCUCCAGCGAGCUGGAGCCUCUCUAACCUUUCGCUCCUUCUGUCCUCCUGAUGACCUGGCCGACCGGGGGCUCCUGGGAGUCAAGUCUUCCUUCUAUGCCCAAGAUGCCCUGCGGCUGUGGGAAAUCCUCGCUCGCUAUGUGCAGGGCAUCGUGCAUCUCCACUACAAGACGGACGAGGCUGUGAGAGACGAUUUGGAGCUGCAGUCCUGGUGUAGAGAGAUCACUGAAGUCGGGCUGCUCGGGGCCCAGGACAAAGGCUUCCCCAGCUCCUUGCAGUCCCGGCACCAGCUGUGCCACUUCCUUACCAUGUGCAUUUUCACCUGCACCGGCCAGCACUCCUCCACCCACCUGGGCCAGCUGGACUGGUACUCUUGGGUCCCUAACGCGCCCUGCACCAUGCGGAUGCCCCCGCCGACCACCAAGGACGCCACCCUGGAGACAGUGAUGGCAACACUGCCCAACUUCCACCAGGCCUCCCUGCAGAUGUCCAUCGUCUGGCAGCUGGGCCGCCGCCAGCCCGUGAUGGUGGCUCUGGGCCAACACCAGGAGGAGUAUUUUUCAGGCCCUGGACCCAAGGCCGUGCUGAAGGAGUUCAGGAAGGAGCUGGCUGCCCUGGAGAAGGAAAUCGAGACCCGGAAUGCAAAGCUGGACAUACCCUAUGAGUACCUGCUGCCCAGCCUGGUGGAAAACAGCGUGGCCAUCUGAGCGCCGUCUCCCACCCGAGCCACGCGCCAUCCCUCGGUGCUUGCAGUCCUGCCCCCCCCCCCGCCCCGCAGUCCCCCCCCUCCCAAGAGUCCCCUUUCCAUGGUCUGUGCCCACGGUGGAUACAUUUUAUUCUAGAUGUUCUACCCCCUGCCUCCCUCAUCAUUCAGGUCUCCCUGGGGGUGGGGCAGAUAAUAGCCACGUUUAUAUAAACUGUUUCAAGAAUAGGAUAGGGGGUCCAUACAUGUUACUCCACACCCUUUAUGAGCCAGAUAUGAUUUUGAAACAAAAUCGAGUUUAAAUGGCAACAAAAAGGUAUGUUAGACAAUGAAAGAAAAGAAGUUAGAACAAACUAUCCCAAAGCAAAUAAUGGCCAAAGAACGUAGCGCAUCUUCCCUAAGUGGAUGGGCUUUGUCACACGUCCUGAGGCUGGACCCAACACAGAGCAAACCAUCCACAUGGCAAUGCUCAAGACUUUUGUCUCAUGGCUGACUUAGCGAUAAAUGGAAGAAAACGGGGGUCCGUAUCUAUAACCCGUUUGCGGUUCCCCAGUUGGAAAGCUCCAAAUGAAAAUAAUUAACCAGAGGGGCGCCUUGGCGUCUGCCUUCGGCUCAGGUCAUGAUCUCGGGGUCCUGGGAUGGAACCCCGCAUGGGGCUCCUGCUCCGCGGGGAACCUGCUUCUCCCUCUGCCACUCCCCCUGCUUGUGU